ACCGAAGCUCCAGUAACGGAACUACCUCAAACUGAUGCCACAGUUACUGAAAUCGUUGCAACAGAAGCUCCAGUCGUUACUGAAAUCGUUGCAACAGAAGCUCCAGUCGUUACAGAAAUAGUCGAAACGGAAGCUCCAGUAGUAACGGAAAUAGUCGAAACAGAAGCCCCAGUAGUUACGGAAAUAGUCGAAACGGAAGCCCCAGCAGUUACGGAAAUAGUCGAGACGGAAGCUCCUGUUGCUACUGAAAUAGUCGAAACAGGAGCUCCAGUCGCUACGGAA